AUGAAUGGCACGCCCAUCGCCGUGACAUGCAGGUGCAGAUGCGCCACCACGGCCGUGCCCACGACAUCGGGUACCAGCAUCACGCAGACUUUGCCGACCGAGGUCACGACCACGACCUGCGAGCCGGCGUGGUGUGCAUUCACCAACGACUGUGCGGCAGUCAUAAAUGGCACGCCCAUCGCCGUGACAUGCAGAUGCAGUUGCGCCACCACGACCGUGCCCACGACAUCGGGAACCAGCAUUACGCAGCUGUUGACGACGGAGGUCACGACCACGGCCUGCGAGCCAUCGUGGUGUGCAUUCACCAACGACUGUGCGGCAGUCAUAAAUGGCACGCCCAUCGCCGUGACAUGCAGAUGCACUUGCGCCACCACGACGGUGCCCACUCCAUCGGGAACCAGCAUCACGCAGACUUUGCCGACCGAGGUCACGACCACGACCUGCGAGCCGGCGUGGUGUGCAUUCACCAACGACUGUGCGGCAGUCAUGAAUGGCACGCCCAUCGCCAUGACAUGCAGGUGCAGUUGCGCCACCACGACCGUGCCCACGACAUCGGGAACCAGCAUUACGCAGCUGUUGACGACGGAGGUCACGACCACGACCUGCGAGCCAGCGUGGUGUGCGUUCACCGCCGACUGCACGUCAGACCUUGAUGGCGCGCCUAUCGCCAUGACAUGCAGGUGCAGCUGCGCCACCACGACGACUGUGCCCACUCCAUCGGGAACCAGCAUCACGCAGACUUUGCCGACCGAGGUCACGACCACGACCUGCGAGCCAGCGUGGUGUGCAUUCACCAACGACUGUGCGGCAGUCAUGAGUGGCACGCCCAUCGCCGUGACAUGCAGGUGCAGUUGCGCCACCACGACCGUGCCCACGAUAUCGGGAACCAGCAUUACGCAGCUGUUGACGACGGAGGUCACGACCACGACCUGCGAGCCAGUGUGGUGUGCGUUCACCGCCGACUGCACGUCAGACCUUGAUGGCGCGCCUAUCGCCAUGACAUGCAGGUGCAGCUGCGCCACCACGACGGCCGUGCCCACGACAUCGGGAACCAGCAUUACGCAGCUGUUGACGACGGAGGUCACGACCACGGCCUGUGAGCCGGCGUGGUGUGCAUUCACCAACGACUGUACGGCAGUCCUUGAUGGUACGCCCAUCGCCGUGACAUGCAGGUGCAGAUGCACAACCACGACCGUGCCCACGACAUCUGGUACCAGCAUCACGCAGCCGUUGACAACGGAGGUCACGACCACGGCCUGCGAGCCGUCGUGGUGUGCCUUCGUCAUGGACUGCUUUGCAGACCUUGAUGGCGCGCCCAUCGCUGUGACAUGCAGAUGCAGCUGCGCGACCAUCCUCACGACGACCUCGUCCUGCGAGCCGUCCUGGUGCUCGAUCGUGGACUGCAGCACCCUGCAGGGGUCCGCAAGUUGUCCUUGCUCGUGCGCCUCGACUAUCGAGACCACCGUCGUCCUCGGUGCGACGACCAUGAGGACGCAGACGAACGCGACUUCCCCUUCGUCGACGACCGCCACGGCCUACGUGUCCACUUCGGUCACUUCGACGACCACCUGUGAGCCAGCAUGGUGCCCAUUCGUCUUAUGCGAGGGUGCGGCCCUCGCGGAAUGCCGCUGCUCUUGCGCGACGGCAACCUCAUGGACGACGACCUCGAGCCUGACGACCUUUACGAGCAGCUCCUGCGAGCCCUCCUGGUGCGCCUUCGCCAACUGCCAACUGCCAGUCGCCUUGGUUCAGUGCCUGUGCUCGUGCAGGACGGCGACCGCAACCUCCACCUCCACAGGGGCCACUUCCACGACAGGGACGACAACCGUCUCAGGCACGACCACGCAGUCAGCGACGCCGACCAGCACGCGCUCGACGCUGACUACUGCGACUCGCAGCAGCACGCCGUCCUCGACUGGGAGCACGACCAGCACUCCGUGGUACACGGAUGGGCCGAACGUGGGGAACAACGUGUGGGACGCGCUCUGCCAGGGCCCACCGAUGACCCUGGAUGGGGCUGCACUUGCGUGCAACGCCAUGGCGGCCUGCUCCGUCGUGGCGGGCUUCGGCUGCCUCGGCGGAUCGCUCUACAAGGCUUGCGCAGUGCCCCUGGAGGCCCUGCUCAGUGCCAGCACCGGCUCGGAGGCCUGCACCCGAGUCAGGCACUCGGCCGGCACUUUCACAGGCACCGUCGCCGAGACACAAACCUCGACGAGCACCGCGCCGCUCGUGGCGUUCUUCGCGGGCCCGCGCGUGGGCAACAACGUGGCCGUGUCCGUGUGCUCGUCGCUCCAGCUGUCGUGGGAGGCGGCGAGGGUCGCCUGCGGCGCCCUCCCCGGCUGCGAGGUCAUCGUCAGCUUCCAAUGCGCCGGCGUGUACUGGUACGUUUGUGACGGCUCCCUCGACGAGGUCCAGGCCCAGAGCACGGGCACGGGGGCAUGCACGUACGUCGCGGGCUACACCAGCACCACGGUCAGCACCUCGACGAGCACCAUCAGCGCCACGUCUGGCAGCACCGCCACGGCCACGAGCACGCCAACAGGCACGACCACGACCAGCACGUCCAGGAGCGGCACCUCCACCUCUGGCACCGUUUCGGGCACAAGCGGGACGCACACCAGCAGCACGGCCACGAGCGUAUCGGCGACCUCGACCACCACUUGCGAGCCGCCCUGGUGCAUCUUCGCGGCGUGCAUCGAGGAGACCUUCGACAUUUGCCUCUGCUCGUGCGCAACCAUGACAGCGACGACGUCCAUGUCUACGACCACCAAGUGCGAGCCAACCUGGUGCCAGUACGCAGAAUGCAGCUUGCAGGAGGCAGCAAGGGACUGCCCGUGCACAUGCGCCACCACCACAGCGAGCACCGUGACGGCGAUCAGCUCCUCAUCCACUUCGCCCACCGCCACUGAGGCGGUCACAAGCUCGACAAGUACAUCGACCACCAGUUGCGAGCCAGCAUGGUGUGUUUUUGUGAGGUGCAGCACGGAAACGUUCCACAUUUGCAUGUGCUCUUGCGCCACGGCGACAUUGACUGCCACAGUGACCACAAGCACAGCGACCAUUGCCAUGACCGCCAGUUCCACGACGACAGCAUGCGAGCCGGCUUGGUGCCCCUUGGCGGAAUGUAGCAUACCGCAAGCAGCCCAGGAUUGUCCAUGCACAUGCGCCACGUCGACCGCGACCAGCUCCCAGACCAACACUGCCUACGGCACUAGGACGGGCCCAACCGCAACCAUCACCUUGGCUACGACAACAACACCGACCGCAAUCACGACCAACGCAAGCUCAUCGUCGUCCACUUCGGUCUCCGCCACAGCAACCCCCGUUUCGAGUUCGGGAAGCAACACCAGCGCAAGCGCCUCCAUGUCCACGUCGGCCACCACCACCGAGAGCUCAAACGCAAGCAUCACCAAUCAAAGUUCGACCACUGUCACCACCACGUGCGAGCCGCGUUGGUGUUUCCUCAUCAGGUGUAUGGAGGAGACCUUCCACGUCUGUCGGUGCUCCUGUGUCACUGAGACGUUGACUGCAACAGCGACCACUACCACAGCGACCACUGCGACGACAGCCACUGCCACGACGACCACCUGCGAGCCAGCUUGGUGCCCCUUCGCGGUGUGCAGCAUACUCGAUGCAGCCAAGGACUGCCCAUGCACAUGCGCCACGGCGACCGCGACCAGCUCCCAGACCAACACCGCAUACUACGGCACUAGGACGAGUCCAACCGCAACCAUCACCGUGGCUACGACGACCGUUACCACCGCGAGCUCCUCGUCGUCCACCUCGGUCACUGCUUUCACGACGACCACCAGCGCGAGCUCCUCCUCGCCCACCUCAGCCACAGCCACCGAGAGCUCCACAGCAACGACCUACACCACUACCUGCGAGCCGCCUUGGUGCCCCCUUGCCAAGUGCAGGGAGGAGACCAUCCACGUCUGCAGAUGUUCCUGCGCCACCGAGACGUCGACUGCCACAGCGACCGCUACAACAACAGCCACUGCAACAGCGACCACUGCGACGACGGCCACUGCCACGACGACCACCUGCGAGCCAGCUUGGUGCCCCUUCGCGGUGUGCAGCAUAUCGCAGGCAAUCCAGGACUGUCCGUGCACUUGCGCCACGUCCGUGUCGAGUACGAGCACAUUGUCUUCGUCCACGCCUUUGACAGCGUCUUCGUCUACGAUCAUGAGUUCCUCAUCGACACCUGCGACUUCUACGGACACAUUCUCUUCGAUCACAUCUCGUACGAGCACACUUUCUUCGACCACGGACUCAUCAGGCACUCAUUCGUCGUCCAUGUCUUCUGCCACCAGUACCACUUCGUCCACUGCCACUUCCACAACACCACACAGCACAACAGGAACCAGCCAGACCUUCACUACCACCUGCGAGCCGCCCUGGUGCCCCCUCGCCAGGUGCAGGGAGGAGACCAUCCACGUCUGCAGAUGUUCCUGCGCCACCGAGACGUCGACUGCCACAGCGACCGCUACAACAACAACCACUGCAACAGCGACCACUGCGACGACGGCCACUGCCACGACGACCACCUGCGAGCCAGCUUGGUGCCCUUUCGCGGCGUGCAGCAUACCGCAGGCAAUCCAGAACUGUCCGUGCACUUGCGCCACGUCCGUGUCGAGUACGAGCACAUUGUCUUCGUCCACAAGCAUCAGCUCCCUGUCUACGCGUGUGACUUUUACGGCCACGUCUUCGCCAACCACAUCUCGUACGAGUACAUUUUCUUCUGCCACAUCCGGUACGGUCACUCUGACUUCGUCCACAGUCGUUUCUACGACGCCCCACAGCACAACAGUGACUAGCAUGACCGACACAGCAACCAGCCACACUGAUACGGAAACGAGUCAGACCGACACAGAAUCCAGCCGAACACAUUCAAGUACGAGUUUGACCGACACGGAUACCAGUUAUACCUAUACACAAACAAGCUCGACCGCCACCACUCUCAGCUCGAUCACGACCACUGCCACCACGACAAACACAAUCAUCGAGCUGGCGACGACGCUAGCGCAAGACAUCCCUGCAGGAGCAGUGGAAGUGAGUGUUGAAUCGCAGGACGGUUUCAUACUGGGGAUUGACAUUGUAUUUUUUGGUGACACUUACUCAGAAUCAGCCACUAUCGUUGGUUUUGGCUCCAUCCUUCUGGACCGUCCCCUGGAGUACAGCUACCCUGCUGGCGCCACUGUGACAGCGCAGGUCCUCAAGCGGACAACUACUGCGACACUCACCACGACCACCACCAGCAAGACGGCUACAAGUAGCACGGGCAGCACGAGCAGCACGAGCAGCACGACCACCGCCACGCACGCCGAGACAAGCCCGAGGGACAGCGACGGCUCCAGCGGCUCCGGGUCCGCCUCCAACAUGGUGCUGGCGGCCGUGGUCGGCAGCUCCAUCCCGCUG